AUGAAUGCAUGGGCGAUAUGGGUUCUGCUAGCUGCCUUGGCGGCAGCGGGUCCAGAUCACGCCAAGAAUGAAGUGGAAGAGCUGUUCGCCAGGGCGAAACAACGAAUAAAUGACGUGGGCAGGAAAGAUAUUCAGAUGAAAAAUGUGGGCACUACUUCUUCUCCGGUACCAGCACCAAUUCCACUGCCUCCGAAUGACAUCACAGCGGAGGGUCAAGACGUGAAAGAGAUGAAAAAUGUGGGCACUACUUCUUCUCCGGUACCAGCACCAAUUCCACUGCCUCCGAAUGACAUCACAGCGGAGGGCCAAGUCGUGAAACGGGUACUG